AUGUACAAAGCCCUCGCAGAAGCUGGUUUGCUCCCUGCUCGUUCAAGUGGCCCUGGGCUCAACGUGGUGGCUACGACCAGCCCGACACCAGCAGCAGAGUCAGUCGCAUCUACAGAGCCUACAGUAACAGUGAAAUCAGCAGCAGAAGCAACACCUGCCCCGAACACGGCAGCUGUACCUGCCCCGAACACAGCAGUACCUGCCCCGAACACAACAGCAGUUCCUGCCCCGAACACAGCAGUACCUGCCCCGAACACAGCAGCAGUACCUGCCCCGAACACAACAGCAGUUCCUGCCCCGAACACAGCAGCAGUACCUGCCCCGACAGCAGCUCCUGCCCCGAACACAGCAGCAGUACCUGCCCCUGCAGGAGCACCUGCACAGACGUAUGCAAUGGCACCACCUCCUGCACCAACCAUGGUGGUUGACUACCUAGAUCGGGUCUAUGGUGACUCCCACCGUCGUGAGUCCCCGAUGUCGAGUGAUGGUUCUGAUGCCCGUGAUUUGGUGAGCCCCCGCGCUGCUCAAGAGCCUUUGACCCCGAUGUCUGAGGCAACGACUGUUCCUUUCACCCCUGCAAAGCCUGCACAACAAAAUGUAGACACACCAGCAGCAAGCCCAGGGCAAGCAACAGCACCGAUCGAUGUCGCAAGUGUGGAGCCCACAGUGGCCAAUGCAGGUGAGAACCCGAUGGUUAGCCCAGCAGCAGCAACGAUGAUCAAUACCCCGAGUGCAGCACCAGCAGUGGCCGAUGCAACAGGGAACCCGAUGGAUAGCCAAGCAGCAGCAGUGAUGAUCAGCACCCCGAGUGUGGCAAUGGCAAACACAGCAGUGGCAUAUGCAGCACCAGACGUGAUCAGUCCCCCGAUGCCUGUGGUUGCACAUGGGAACCCGAUGUUUGUUAGCCCAGCAACAACAGUGAUGAUCAGUACCCCGAGUGUGGCAAAUGUGGCCAAUGCAAGCGAAAGCCCAGCAGCAACGGCUAUGAUCAGCACCCCGAGUGUGGCACCGGCAGUGGCCAAUGCAGGUGAGAACCCGAUGGUUAGCCCAGCGGCAACAGUGAUGAUCAGCACCCCGAGUGUGGCACCGGCAGUGGCCAAUGCAGGUGAGAACCAGAUGGUUGUCAGCCCAGCAGCAACAGCGAUGAUCAGCACCCCCAGUGUGGCACCGGCAGUGGCCAAUGCAGGUGACAACCCGAUGGUUGUUAGCCCAGCAGCAGCAGCAGCGAUGAUCAGCAGCCCGAGUGUGGCAAAGAUGGCCAAUGCAAGUGAAAGCCCAGCAGCAACGGCUAUCAUCAGUAACCCAAGUGUGGCACCGGCAGUGGCCAAUGCACAUGAGAACCCGAUGGUCCCAGCAGCAACUGCGAUGAUCAGCACCCCGAGUGUGGCACCGGCAGUGGCCAGUGCAGGUGAGAACCCGAUGGUUAGCCUAGCAGCAGCAGCGAUCAGCACCCCAAGUGUGGCACCGGCAGUGGCCAAUGCAAGUGAGAACCCGAUGGUUGUUAGCCCAGCAGCAGCAGCGAUGAUCAGCAACCCGAGUGUGGCAAAUAUGGCCAAUGCAAGCCCAGCAGCAGCAGUGAUGAUCAGCGCCCCGGGCCCAAGUGUGGCAGAUGUGGCCAAUGCAAGCAACAGCCCAGCAGCAGCAAUGAUCAAUACCCCGAGUGUGGCAAUGGGACUGGCCAAUGCAGGUGAGAACCCGAUGGUUAGCCCAGCAGCAGCAAUGAUCAAUACCCCGAGUGUGGCACUGGCAGUUGCCCAUGCAGGUGAGAACCCGAUGGCUGUCAGCCCAGCAGCAACAGCGAUUAUCAGCACCGCCAGUGUGGCACCGUCAGUGGCCAAAGCAGGUGAGAACCCGAUGGUUGUUAGCCCAGCAGCAGCAACGAUGAUCAGCACCCCGAGUGUGGCACCAGCAGUGGCCAAUGCAGCUGAGAACCCGAUGGUUUCUAGCCCAGCAGCAGCAGCGAUGAUCAGCACCCCUGGUGUGGCAAUGGCAAACACGGCAGUGGUGUAUGCAGCAACCGACGUGAUCAGUCCCCCGAUGCCUGUGGUAACCAGUGCACCUGCGAUGGUAGACCCGACCCCGAAGACACAUUUCUUCGGACACCCAGUCACACCAGUAGCAUCACUGCCAGCAGCAACACCACAGUUCUACAAUGCUGGCCCAGCAGCUCUGGCAACCCAAGUUGCAAGCCCAGCACCAACACCUAUGGUCAGUGUGCCCGCAGCAACAGUCCCCAUAGCUCCAGCAAUGCCCCCACACUCGCAGCUGAUGAUGCAGGAGACACAAAUGGAUGUGGACGACUCAGCCCCAGCAGCCAACCCAGGCAGCAGCUCUGAUCUUCAGCUCGUACAAUCCUGCCUGCUACGAGCAAACACCUGUGACCUGCAGCCAGUGCAGCCGGGAGUGGCGCAGGGCCCAAAUGCACGGGCUUUGGAGGAGCAUCGCAGGAAGGAGGCAGAGGAUGCAGCAGCAGAGGAGAAAAGACGGCAAGAGGAAACCCGCAAGAAGGCAAACAGUGGUGACAAGACGGGUCGGCAGGCCAUGGUCGAGGACUUCCUGCAAGCCAACAUGAAUUGGCUCGAGAGCAGCAUUUGCGUGAACCACCGCGCUAUCAGUGCAAAUGUUCGUCGUGGGGAGUACAAGUUGAUGAGUCGCCAAGAUCUUCUUGUGAAAUAUCACGGUGACCAAGACACCGUCGACAGCAUCAUACAGGAGAAGGAGGAAAGUGGAUUAUGGGAAAGCAAUCCAGACCACAGUGCUAUGCGGCUUUAUCUGUGUUGGGAUGCCAGUAAAGAAAUUCGAAAAGACGGUUCCCAGACGGAGCUAGACAUUCGAAGAUCUGGCAACUUGCGGAAUGAAGAUGAUGCUACCGAGAACGGCAACGAGGAAAACCAGCCGAAGGUCAAGACUGCUGUUCAGGAAGCCAAGAAGGCUAUGAAAUCUGCUGCUGAUCUCAUUCUUGAGUGCAAAUCCUGGAACACCGCGCUGGCCAAUUCGGAGACGUGGGACAAACAUCGGGUCAAUGUGAGCUCCGAUGUCUUGAAGCGCUUCUGGUCACACUGGAAACAACACCGAUAUCCUCAUCCUGCUGCAGAUGCUUUUGCUGCAAGCGGCAAGUUGUACACGCCUAUCGGCAUUUCCGGUGAUGACGCACAAUAUACAUUGGGAGGUGCAAAGAUCAUAGUGAUGCUGCUGUCAUUCUGCCUCCACGAACCAGUGGCUCUGGAGAUGUCACGGUUUCCAUGGUUCGUUCUUCGUGGUGAGUACAACCUGGGGCCGAAGACCUUGGACGUCCCUCUGCGUGUGCUUUCCUGGUCGCUUAAUGUGGCGUAUGGGGGCAUCUUUCCUUCGCUGGGCCCUUUUGAUGAUGAGUUGUCUGAACUGCGGCGCAAGAAGGCCAACAAGCCAUUGGCUGGAGGACCCUUUGCCUUGACAGAAAUCCGUGGAGAUUGGAAAUGGGCAUAUGAAACAUUCAGGUUCUCCAGGUUCGAGUCGUUCCAAGCAAUUCCCCGACUUUCACAUGCAGCAUUCAUCACGAAGGCCCUGGGCAGUUAUGUGUCACCGUUGACCUGGGUGACUGGCUUCCACCCAGAGGCCCUACACUUUUGUGCUAUGCAUGUUGUCAACCUCGGCAUCGAACAAUGGGUCAACGCUGCGACGUUGUUGGCCCUGCUUGAGCGUGAGUUCUUUGGUGCAAAGACUGUUGGGCUGGCAGCGAGGUUGCAGGUCUGCACACUCAGGUUUCGCAGAUGGUGUUCAUUGCAUGGCAUUAUGCAGAGCCAGCCAUUCAUUACAAUUGGAAUGCUGCACAUGGGCACUGCUGCGAAGCCGACGACCCCCGAGCUCACUUUGAAGGCAUACCAUGGACGGGUUUUCGUCGCCUUCUUGAGUGUCUGUUGUGAGGUUGCACUACAGAGUGCCGGUGAUGAUGCUGAACUUCAGCUAAUUACUGCACUCACCAGCAGCCUUGCAUCGUGGCAUCUGAAAGUGGAGGCAUGUGGGCGAUUUCUGACGGCGGAGCAGGCUGCGGAACUUUGGAGGCUUUCGGAGCGUGCAGUCCUGAUAUACAGGGAACUCUCUGCCCGUCACAUUGCCAUGGGGUCUCUCUGCUGGCCCAUGAAGCCGAAACUCCAUGCAUAUCAGGAGAUUAACUGGUUCAUGGUGAAAUCCCUGUAUAAUUGCAGGUUCACUCAUUGUUUUCGGGACGAAGACUGUAUGGGCCUGGUCAAGCAUGUGGCCCGGAGAUGCCACAGGGAUCUGCUUGAGUUUCGGACAUUAUGCCGCCUGCAACUGCGGUUCAUGUCCAUGCAGCUGCGCUGA